AACACAGUCACAAACUGCAAAUGCUCCUACCCUUCACAUAGCAUUAUGAGUUUACCGGAUCAAUAACACAGAGUACAUACAGAACACAUCGUCGACCUAGUCAUUACUCACAUAGUUGCUGUCGAGGAAAUUCAAUACAGACAAUGAAGUAUCUGCUCCUACUGAUGGCCCUCGGGCUGGUCCGAGGUCAGCUCAAUCCUCUGUCGCAGGCCUUCAUCAAUGAGAUCAACGCUAAAGCGACGACCUGGCGGGCCGGGCCAAACUUUGCCCCGCAAACUUCGAUGGCCUACAUCCGCGGGCUAAUGGGUGUCCACAAGGAUGCGGACAAGUUCAGAGCCCCGGUGUUGAUACACGAGCUGGAGGACGAUGACGAUUUACCGGAGAAUUUCGAUGCUCGCGAGCAGUGGCCCAACUGUCCUACCAUCCGGGAGGUUCGCGAUCAAGGUUCGUGCGGUUCCUGCUGGGCUUUCGGAGCCGUGGAGGCCAUGUCCGAUCGGUACUGCAUUCACUCGGGUGGAAAGGUACAUUUCCGAGUAUCCGCCGAGGAUUUGGUUGCUUGCUGUCACACUUGUGGUUUUGGCUGUAACGGUGGUUUCCCGGGGGCCGCCUGGAGCUACUGGGUUCGUAAGGGACUUGUCAGUGGUGGUCCGUACGGAUCGGAACAGGGUUGCCAACCGUACGUCAUUGCUCCCUGUGAACACCACGUUAACGGAUCUCGUCCGGCUUGCGAUGGGGAAGAGGGAAAGACCCCGAAAUGUACGAAGAAAUGCCAGUCUAGCUACAACGUACCAUAUGCUAAGGAUAAGCACUACGGUAAAUCGUCCUACUCGAUCGGCAGACACGAGCAGCAAAUUCAGAAGGAGAUCAUGACGAAUGGACCGGUUGAGGGUGCUUUUACGGUGUAUGAAGAUCUGCUGCAGUACAAAGAGGGCGUCUAUCAACAUGUGACUGGGAAGAUGCUGGGUGGACAUGCGAUACGUAUGCUGGGAUGGGGCGUUGAAAACGAUACCAAGUACUGGUUGAUUGCCAACUCGUGGAACAGCGAUUGGGGAGAUAAUGGAUUCUUCAAGAUUCUGCGUGGUGAGGAUCAUCUCGGUAUCGAGAGUUCGAUUGCUGCUGGUUUGCCAAAGAUUUAGAGCGUGGAUUUGCAUUUCAACAGAGGCUCAAGUUUUUUGCAUGUAAUAGUGAGUAAUUCGCAUCAACUGAAUAAAGACUUCUUUAGAGACUAA